GGCGGGGGCGCAGUGCCGGGUCCGACUGGCCGAGCCCCGAGCGCCCCGCCCGCGCCCUGCGCCUCCGCCCGGCCCGCCGGCGGGGGAGGGGGCAUGAGCCGGCGCCCGCGCGCGGCCGGGAGCUGCGGGCCGGCCUAGAGCCCCGCGCGGGCCCCGCGCCCGAGCCCAGCCGCCGCCGCUGCCCAGCCGCGGGCGCAUCCGCGGGCGCAGCGAUGCAGCGGCCCGGGGAGCCGGGCGCCGUGCGCUUCGGCCCGCCCGAGGGCUGUGCAGAUCACCGGCCACACCGCUACCGAAGCUUCAUGAUCGAGGAAAUCCUCACCGAACCGUCCGGGCCCAAGGGCGCCGCGCCUGCAGCCGCCGCCGCCGCCGCGGGSGAGCUGCUCAAGUUCGGCGUGCAGGCGCUGCUGGCGGCGCGGCCCUUCCACAGCCACCUGGCAGUGCUGAAGGCAGAGCAGGCGGCGGUGUUCAAGUUCCCGCUGGCGCCGCUCGGCUGUUCCGGGUUGGGCUCAGCGCUGCUGGCCGCCGGGCCUGGGUUGCCUGGCGCCGCGGGUGCGCCGCACCWGCCGCUGGAGCUGCAGCUCCGCGGGAAGCUGGAGGCCGCAGGCCCUGGUGAGCCGAGCACGAAAGCCAAGAAGGGGCGCCGGAGCCGCACUGUGUUCACCGAGSUGCAGCUGAUGGGCCUGGAGAAACGCUUCGAGAAGCAGAAAUACCUCUCCACGCCCGACAGAAUAGAUCUCGCCGAGUCCUUGGGCCUGAGCCAGUUGCAGGUGAAGACGUGGUAUCAGAAUCGGAGGAUGAAGUGGAAGAAAAUAGUACUGCAGGGCGGCGGCCUGGAGUCCCCUACCAAGCCCAAGGGGCGGCCAAAGAAGAACUCCAUCCCCACAAGCGAGCAACUCUGAGCAGGAGCGCGCCAAGGAGGCGGAGAAGCCGGCGGAGGUGCCAGGCGAGCCCAGCGACCGGAGCCGCGAGGAUUGAGCUCCGCAGAGUGCGGAGCCAGGGAGCCAGAGAAGUAGUGGCCGCCUGAGUCCGCGGAAACCUGCGGACCGUCCCUUCUCGUCCCCACCGUUUGCUUUCUAAGCAUUUUAUUAUUACUUURAAUGCGGACAAUCAGGGGUCAAACAAGGAAGGACAGAGACCCUGAAGCCAAACCCAGGCCCCGGCGCGCUCUGGUCCUUACUUGGGACGUCCAUCGCCGAGGAAGCAACUCGUCUUCCUUGGAGCUCCGAGGCGCCAUGCGCUCCACGUGCAUUCACGCCCUGCUCCUUGCCCACACCCUCACCCCGUCUCUGGUCCUGGACGCCGCCAGGCACACACUCGCUUCCUCGCGUCGGGGACCCAGCGGCCGGGCGCAGGGCAUCGGAGCCCGAGACAGCGCCGGGAUAACUCAGCGGCUCGGCCUGAGGCCGGGUCCCCGAUGUCGCUGGGGCUCCUACCCCCCAUCUUGCGAAGACGGUGACUCUUUUUUUUCCAAUAAAAUAUUUUAUGACACA